AUGGCUGAAGUCUCGGUUGAAAUCUUCAAACUCACGUCCCAUGACAUCCAUUACCUAUAUAUAAACCCCUUACAAGGUGUUGCCAAGUAUCCUAUUCCUGAUAUAGCUAGAGCCAUGGCAAUAAUCUCCGAGGUCAAACAAGAAGGUGCGAAGCCCUCCGCUUCUUCACCGCCUUCUCGUAAACCGGCAUUGUUCAACGCGAGCUUCGAUUCAUCGAACACUAUCGGUUUCCUAGAGAAAGUUUUUGAUUUCGUUGCGGAAGAGAGUGAUUUUCUUGGAAAACAGAACAUGGAUAGCGAGGUCGCGGCGGUUGUGAGAGUUGCCAAGGAGAAGUAUUGCAAGAAAAAGAUUGAAGCGGAGGAGAAAAAGAAAAAGGAGAAAGAGAAGAUGAAAAAGGAAGCGGUAAAGGAGCCGACAAAGGCCCAUGGAAAGGAUAAACAGACUAACCCUAACUUAAGAGGUUCAUAUUUCUACAUUUUUUUCCGCACAGAAAUUAUUUUGUUUUAUUAA